UCCUCAUUCCAUUUCCACCACAAUGCUGCACCCAGUCACCUCCCCUCUGCUUAAUUUCUUCCUCUUCCUUUCACUCCUCUCCGUCGCUGUCGCCGUCGCCACCACGACGUCGUUUGCCGACGAAUGUUAUCAUCAGCCGCCCUUCGACUGUGGGCCCUUUAAGAAUCUCUCUUACCCCUUCACCUCCGAACUCCAGCCCUCCCAGUCCCACUGCGGCCAGCCCGAGUUACGACUCACCAACUGCGACCCCACCGCGUCACCCGAGUUGACCAUCCCCCCACUGAGUUACCGAGUCCUCCGACUCAACCAGGCCAACAAAACCAUGACCCUUGCCCGCUCAGACCUAUGGAACAACACGUGCCUCGCGGAUCAAUUCACAAAUUCCACGAUUCUAAAUUCUACUAUUCUGAAUUACACAACCGACAAUGAGGACCUCACUAUCUACUAUGGUUGCUUCUUUAAUUACACGGUGAUGCCAAUGCCUGCUAAUCUCUUUAAUUGUAGCAGCACUAAUGAGGAGGAAAUGAGCGCUUCUUUUUAUCUGACCGGUCCGGUUCCGGGAGAUCCAAUUCUCAAUAUUACCACCUGCCACGUCGGGGUCACACUCAAAAUCCUUCAAACGGCGGCGUUUCAGCUAACAAGCAAACAGGCCUCACUUAGGGAGGUUUUGAUGGAAGGUUUUAAUGCGACUUAUAGUGAUUGUGUCUCUCAGCCGUGUCCCAACUCCAAGUCAGGCUAUUCCUCUAAGUGGUGGAAUCAAUCGUUUAAAGGUGUUGUGGCUGGUAUUGCUGGGACCAUAGCAGUUAUCUUUGUUAUGAUCAUUUGCUACCUCAAAAGAGAACAAUUAUCAAAUAUGGGAGUGAUUAGCAAGAAGAAAACCAAAGACAAUCAAUAUGCCAAGGCUUUUGUAAUGAAUCAAGGCUCACUCGCUCCUAAGCGAUACAGUUAUUCAAAUAUUAAGAAAAUGACCCAUUCAUUCAAAAACAAACUAGGUCAAGGUGGAUUUGGAAGUGUAUACAAAGGAAAGCUAUUAGACGAUCGUCUAGUAGCAGUUAAAGUCAUCAAUGAGUUGAAAGGCAAUGGAGAAGAAUUUAUUAACGAAGUUGCUAGCAUUAGCCGAACUUCUCAUGUUAACGUCGUCACUCUUUUGGGUUAUUGUUAUGAGAGAACUAAAAGAGUUCUAGUCUAUGAAUUCAUGCCUAAUGGAUCUUUGGAUAAGUUCAUAUGCAACCCAGAAUCUUCUAGCACAAAUUGUCAGUUAGAACAGAAAACACAUUUUAAAAUUGCAGUUGGCGUUGCUCGAGGAUUAGAGUACUUGCAUCGUGGUUGUAUCACGAGGAUUUUGCAUUUUGACAUAAAACCUCAAAAUAUUCUACUAGAUGAUGAUUUUUGUCCAAAAAUAUCUGAUUUUGGCCUUGCUAGACUAUGCCCAAAGAAGGAGAGUAUUGUAUCUAUGUUGGGUGCAAGAGGAACUAUAGGAUACAUAGCACCGGAGGUUUUUAGUAGAAAUUUUGGAGGAGUCUCUCACAAGUCUGAUGUUUAUAGCUAUGGAAUGUUGAUUCUUGAAAUGGUUGGAGUGAAUAAGAAUUUUGAUGCAGAAGUCUCACAUACUAGUGAGAGAUAUUUUCCAGAUUGGAUUUAUCAAAACCUAAAUUUGGGUGAGAAUGUCGAAAACAACACGGGCAUAAUAGAGGAGGACGAACAAAUGAAACGAAAAAUGAUUUUAGUGGGCUUGUGGUGCAUUCAGACCAUUCCAACAAAUAGGCCAUCCAUGACUAAGGUGGUGGAGAUGUUGGAAGGUAGUGUUCAUUCCAUAAAAAUUCCUCCAAAACCCUUCUUGUUUUCUCCUACAAGGUCAGUGCAAUAUUCUUCAUCAACAUCAUUACCAUAAAAAUUGGUGUGGGGGCGAAAAAUCUACAUGAUCCCAUCAGCAACAAUUCCAUUUGCUGAAAGAUUUCAUUUUGCAAAUGGAAUCGUUGCUCACUAAUGCUAAGUAGUAGUUUGGAUGGAAGACCGAAGUAUGGGGACAAAUGUAACUUGAGACAAAGGGGGCCAUGGUUCCCCGAGCCCCAAAGACUUUUAUUUUGUUUUAUUAUUAUUUUUUAUGUAAUAUUUAUAUAUAGCUAAUUGUCUCAUGUAAUAUGUAUAUAUAUGACCCUCUCUUAAGAAUUAA